UAAGUAACUAACAGUUGCUUUUGACGUCGUAAUGUUAGGAAACUAGUCUGGUGGUGCUAUCAAACGGUGGCUGGAUGAGAAUGCAGUCAUAAAUGUACAUGUGUGAAAGAAACAAAAUUAUAUUCCACAAAUAUUUAUUUAGGGAGUAGUUUGACUAGCGUUGUUUUUUUAGGUUAGGUAUAAGCCCUUCAGAACUUGCCGUUAAGCGUACCCUAAAGUAUGUCCAUAAAAUAAACUGCGGUUUAUGAGGUACUUGUAUUUAUUUCAGAGCUGACCUCAUCGCUUGUCAUAAGAUAUCGGAAAACAAGAAAAUGGGUCCACUCGUUGUCAAUACCCUGGGUCGGAAUACUCGCCUUCAAACCAACAAAGGAUUCUGAUGAAGCUAUAGCCAGCAUCACCAUGAUACACAAGAACUUAGCGCUGGGCAACUCUAACGAGGUGUCCGUUAUAGAUCUUAAAGGAAUCAGGGAGACAACCAAAGCCAUGUUCCUGUCCAAGCCCGGUAUCGUGCACCAGUGCCCCGUCGUGGACUACACCCUGCACCCCGAGUUCGAUGAGGACACCCUCAACACCAUCGCGCUGCUCACCCUCGAAUGUGACGACAAAGAUGUUGACUGGCAACUGGUAAACUGGCCAAUGGGCUAUACCCGUAUGAACCUCCAUGAGGGUCAGGUGUUCGUCCUUGGAUACACGGAUCAGAACAAAGUGCUGGAGCAAGUGAUGCAUAGAAUGGAGUUCGUGAACUUGAAGGAAUGCAAGAACUUCUAUAGGAAGGAAUCGCUGGACAGUAAGUGGAUGGCUCCAAUAGAGUACCAGUGCUUCCGCAAGAAGUACAGCGGAGAGCCGUGCGUUUUCGACUCAGGGAUGGCGCUGGCGGUCAACUUCAGGGGAAAUUGGACCCUGAUCGGUAUAAGCGUGCUAGGCCCCGGCUGUACUCUCCCGACUCGUUUCAUCGACUUCGCUUACUACGUGCCCUGGAUUGACGUGUCACUGCGCAACUUCCGCCGCCUCUUCCCGGAGUCCAAGAUAACAUGGCCGAACUACGACAAGAUCAUCCUUGAGAAGAUAGAUGACUCGUCCAUGGUUAUGAGACCCUAUAAAGGAACUGAAGUCAUCCAUGGUAAAUGUGAUAAGUUAGAUGGUGAGAUCAUGUACAAGGAGGAGGGGAAAUUCAACACGCCGGGACAUGCGAUAGGGCUGUAUGGGCUUUCAGUUUGGGACGACCUCUACUACAACGUGUCCUGUGCGCUCCUCACCGUGGAGUGUCUGCAGCGGUCUGCUGAGCCCUUCAGCUACAACUUCGGGCUGGUUCAGUACGACGAGGAUCUGGCAGCCUUGACGAAGGUCAUCCCCAUAGUGCACGGCGACGAGCCGGUGGGGCCCAAGAUAGAGCACCUCUACGACGGCGCGUGGCUCAGCUGGUGGUACCGCCCCAAACACACGGAAAAAGUAUCCAAUGUAGUAUUCCGCUUCGAGUUUAUAAAGGUAGCGACCUUGAAAAUGGUGUUCUAUGGCAUCAGACACGAGUUUAACGAGACAGAGCCGGCUUCAACUACUGAGAAGGUUCGCUCGCGGCGGCCGCACCCGUACCACGACCGAUACAAGACGAACAAACCGUAGCACUGAUACAACAACUUGUUGCUCGACUGAUCGACCAACUGAUCUAGCAACAUUUGUCAUACAUUUAAGUUACUGUUUAACUAUGGGCACUGGUUCUUUAUGCAUUUAAUUAAAAUACAGUUUCUUCUUUCAAUUUUAAACUGCUUUUUUCUUGUCCAUCCUAACAAUAGCUGUUGAAAUGUUUGUAUGUGUGUUUGUUCUGAAUAAACUCAAAAGUAGCUUGACCGAUUUCAAUAAAUGCUACUGGUGGGAGUUACGUGACAUUGAGGAUAACUAUAGGAAAAUAUUCGGGUUUCAAGUAGAAAGUAUCUUUAGCAGGAAGAGCCUGCAAUAUCAGAUAUAUUAUCGACGGAGUAUUACUGAUCUAACGUAUUUGAUAGUAGUCAGAGGCAUCAGACAGAUUGCUAACUAAAUCGCUUAUUCUAAUAAAAUUAGAGAC